AUGGAGGGAAACAAAAAUCUCAGAUUGGAGGUCACCGACUACGGCUCCUCGACGUCGUCCAACAACCCGAACGUGCUCGCUUCACCUGGCCGAGUCGUCAAUUUCACCCCGCUGGCACUGCGAGCCCCAACCCACACCUCGCUCGACAUCGAAGAUCUUUUUGUCGGUCCUCGUGACAUGAACCAUCACUCCAAAUGGCCAUUCUUCUUGCGUAUCCACGGCAGUGUGCUGCCGAAGAUGAUCCUUCCUCUGGCGUUCGUCGCAGGCUGGGCCACGUUGUUCACGUGCAUAAACAAGUUUGUCUACGAACUGGUCUUUGACUCCGUCCUCCUGACCAUCACCGGUUUCGUGGUCAGUUUGGCGCUGUCGUUUCGGUCGACGACUGCCUAUGAGAGAUACAGCGAGGGGCGGAAAUAUUGGGCACAAUUGAUUGUGACGUCGAGAAAUUUGGCAAGAAUCAUCUGGAUACAUACCAAAGAGCGUCAUGCCAGCGGCGAGGAACAAGGGAAGGCAGACCUGCUCGGUAAAUUGACCGCCCUGAACCUCGUCAAUGCUUUCGCGGUUGCAUUGAAGCAUCGGCUGCGGUUCGAACCAUCGACAGACUAUCCGGAUCUGCAGCCCCUGAUCGGGAAUCUUCACACUCUUGCCGGCGAGGCCGACCAGGCCAAGCUGCAACCGAAGAAAGUCGGCUCCUGGAAGGCAGCGGGAGAGUACCUGGGCGUGACAUUCGCGCAUUCGAAUCCUCGCAAGCUGAUCAAGCGGUCUCGUGACAACCUGGGGAAUCUUCCGCUCGAAGUCCUCAACUACCUGGGUGCGUAUCUGGACGAGGUGUGCGCCAGCGGCCAACUGUCCCUUCCCAUCCACCAGGCCAACGCAAUGAACAGCAUCGUCCAGCUCGCCGAUAUCCUCACGGGCACGGAACGGGUGCUGAACACGCCGGUCCCCAUUGCGUACUCGAUCUCUAUCUCGCAAAUCACCUGGGUCUACAUCCUGACCCUCCCCUUUCAGAUCUACAGCAAGUUGGGCUGGGUGACGAUUUUCGGCGUGGUGCUGGCCGCGUACAUCAUCCUCGGUCUCGCGGCCAUUGGGUAUGAGAUUGAGAACCCCUUCGGCGUAGACGUGAACGACUUGCCUCUCGACGCAUACUGCCGCGAACUGGCGUCCGACAUCGACAUCCUCACGAGCAUGCCCGCCCCGACCACCGAGAACUUCGUCACCACGGCUCAAAACAAGGUCCUCUUCCCGCUGAGCAUGAGCGACUACGAACUGUGGAACGACCGCUCCGUGGCGGAGAUCAGAUCUGCGCUGAGAGCCAAGGCCACGACUGCCGCGACGUCAGUCGACUUUGAGCGCGCAAAGGCCCAGUCUGAGAGCACCCAGGAGUCGAUGGAUACGCGGGCCGCCGCUGGUGCCGAGAAGGAAACCAAAAGCAAGGAUAUAAUGGCAGCCGAAGCGGUGUAA